AUGGAUAUGACUGAGGAUAAUUACUCCUUGACAACUGAAUUUAUUCUCAUAGGAUUUACAGAUCACCCAAAGUUGAAGACCGUCCUGUUUGUGGUGUUUCUCACUAUCUAUCUGAUCACCAUGGUGGGGAAUCUGGGCCUGGUGCCAUUGAUCCUUAUGGAGCGUCGCCUUCACACACCCAUGUACAUCUUUCUGGGCAACCUGGCUCUAAUGGAUUCCUGUUGUGCCUGUGCCAUUACCCCCAAGAUGUUAGAGAAUUUCUUUUCGAAGGACAGAAUGAUUUCCCUCUAUGAAUGCAUGGCACAGUUUUAUUUUUUCUGCCUUGCUGAAACGGCAGACUGCUUUCUCCUGGCAGCAAUGGCCUAUGACCGCUAUGUGGCCAUCUGCAGCCCACUGCAGUACCACACCCUGAUGUCAAAGAAGCUCUGCCUUCAGAUGACCGCAGGGGCCUACAUAGCAGGAAACCUGCAUUCCAUAAUUCAUAUAGUGUUUCUCUUUCGGUUAACUUUCUGUAGGUCUCAUCAGAUUAAUCACUUUUUUUGUGAAUUUCUUCCAUUAUUCAAACUCUCCUGUGUUGACCCUUAUAUCAAUGAAUUGUUGAUGUUUAUCUUUCCAGGUUCAGUUCUAGUGUUCUCUAUUAUCAUAGUCAUAAUCUCUUAUCUCUGCAUCCUUUUCAUGAUUUUCAAAAUGAAAUCCAAAGAGGGAAGAGGCAGAGCCUUAUCUACUUGUGCAUCUCACUUUCUCUCUGUCUCAAUGUUCUAUGGUUCUCUUCUCUUUGUGUACAUUCGACCAAAUUCAGUUAAAGAAGAGGAUAAAGAUAUAUCUGUUGCUAUUUUUUAUACUCUAGUAAUCCCUUUAUUAAACCCUUUUAUUUAUAGUCUAAGAAAUAAGGAAGUGAUAAAUGCUAUGAAAAAAAACAUAAAGAAAAAUUUUUGA